UAUGGGGUGCACGUCCAACUGACCGUCAGCUGGCUAAAGAUCGUGUGUGUGGUGUAACGUUACGGAUUGAAAUAACCCAUUGAAUGUCUGAAUACAACUAAAAGGAUGAUAUUAAAUCCAGGGGUUACAGGAAGCUCCAGAAAGGACAUUCCCUGUAUUCUUCAGAGGAAAACUGGGGGAGAAGCUCCAUCAGGAGACCCCAGGAUUUGACCUGUUGGACCCCAACAUGAGAGUCAUAGAUGUUAGUUAUAACUGCCUCCACGACAAACACCUGAAGAGUUUUUUCCGCCAUCCGGCAAGGAAGAAGCGGCUGGUUAAGCAAGGACUCAUCACCUCAAAUGAGAAGGUGCUGUGUACGUGUAAAGAGUACAAUCGCUACAGUAGCUACAUCAAGUCAGUUCAGUUGCUAUGGGAGAAGCAGUGCUGUGCCCAGCAGAAAACGCUUUUGAAGCAGUUCCUAGUCUUGCAGCAGCAAGGGGAGGUUCCGUCCCACAUCUCACUGACGGAUGUUAGAGAUUGGCUCAUUGCCAAGGGUAGAAACUACUUCAAGAACACUUUUCAGAGUGAAAUGGAAGAGGGGAAGAACCUUCACUUGGCCGAACUGGCUUGGGAUGUGAAACGACGCCUCAGGCUUAAGGAACUGGAAAGAGAAGUGUGCAGGGAGCUGCGCCUGGAGCGCCAAAUCCGCUGGUCGGUGAUUGGACAGCCUGGUAGCCAGAUGGGAGAUUGGAGACCCCUGGGCAUGGAGACACACACACCUCUGGAAAUGGACUCUCCCUUCAGACACUCCACCUCCUCGAUAGACACUCUUUCCAGUCAGAUCUCGACUGAGAAACUCGAGGUUGCUAGGCUACAUACUACCAGACCACAUAUUGCCAGACCACAAACUACCAGACCACAAACUACCAGACCACAAACUACCAGACCACAUUCUGCCAGACCACCAACUGAAAGACCUAGCAGUGACUCUGAUCACUCUGGAACCUUGUCUUCUGUGAUGACCUGCUCACCACAUUCAGCUAGCCCGUCAGUGAUUACUAUUAGGGACUUGCUGCUCAUGAUUGGGCACAUAACGAGCUCAGUAUUGGAGGAGGUAAAUAGCAUCCUGAUCCCUGCCUUGGUUGACCUUAUAAGGCUGAGAGCUUCAGAAAGUGCUGCAGAGAAUAUGCUCCCCAUGAGCAAAGACACCAACGAAGAUUCAACCCAGGGCUCUGUCAGCUGUACCUCCCUACUCUCCAAAGUCAAUGUCAUCUGUCUCACUCAGAGUCCUGACAGUAGGUCCUCCCCAAUCUCCAUUGAUGUACCAGUCACUGCUGUCCAGACUUAUUGUAGCAGCAGUUCUCUGUCCAGUGAGGAACGAGCACACUCUUUCUCCAGUCAGAUCUCUACUAAGAACCUCCUGGCUGCUAGGCCACGUUCUGCCAAUCCACCAUCUGCUAAACUACCAUGUGAUAAACCACAAUCUGCGACACCACCACCUGCUAAACUACAAUCUGCUAAACCAGAUUCUGCGAAACCACCUAUUGCCACUGACUACUCUGGAACCUUAUCUGCUGUGGUAGGUCGUGGGCAUGUCAUCCCUGUCAAACUGACAUUGGCCCCUUUCUCCUCCUUAAUCUCCAGCGAAGAGACCAACACCAACUUCUCCUCCAGCAGCCUCCCCUCCUCCUGCUCCAUUAAGCUUUCAGACAGUAGGAGUGUAAUUCCUUGCUCCCUGACUGUAAGCUCCAUUUCAAAUGUUCCUGGACCUGACUCUAGCAGCAGCCCUGUGCGGGAGAAUCAAUUUGCUACUGAGGUCUCGUCGAUCUGCCUCAGCCAAGAUAGAAAUGGCCAAAGAGGGAGUGUGACACCUCCAGCCCCUUUGGAUGUUUCCCUCCCCUCCAUUAUUGAGCGGGCUGGCGGACUUGUAUGUUCCGUCAUCUCCCAGUCUUUAGCAAUUGUGGAGGCGCGGUCAAGUGUGAAUGGUGAGGAGGGCUCUCCAUCUCCCACCACAGUCUCCCAUUCUCCUACAAGGGUGUAUGUCAGCCACUUAAGGAGUAGCCCACUAGGUGAGGACCUUGUAGAUUCAACACUUGCGGAUGUUAUCUCUGUCCUGAAAAUGGAGGGAAUUCUUUCCUCCUCUCCGACUUUGGAGGAGGAGCUGCUUGAUCUCUCCUCCAGUUGUUCUUCGUCAUCAAGCGAAACACUGCAAUGUGUGUCUGUUGGCCCUCUUGGCAGUGGGUCGGAGACGUCCUUCAAACUUCUUGGGGGUCGUACUCUGAGUAUCGCCACCCCAACGGCCCAUGAUACCACAGAGGACUUAGAAGUCUACAGUGAUGAGAUUAUUGACGAAAUCCUUACUAUAAUGAGGACCAAAAAAGAUGAUGACAGUGGAAGUGACGUCUCUGGUGCAUCAACACCAUGCAACACACCAGCACCACAGAGCCGGUCCUCUUCUGCACUGAGGGGAGUGCUUCCCCAUGACAGAAGGAUACUCAGCACAACACUGCUUGGAAUCCAGAACACACUAGACAGUGAGAACCUCUCAGGAGAGUGUUCCACCUCACCACAGGACAAUGCCAGAGUCCUGGAGAUGAUAAAGUUGCUGCAGAGGCGCCUUGAGGGGACACCCUCAGAGUCCUCCAUCCAUAUCACAGAUGUGGCUUCACCCGUGGGCAUUCCUCUCCCUCUAUCUCUCUAUGCUGUUCAGUCGUGUGUAUUUGCCACUGACAAAGACCUGAAGGCAGAACGAGUGAGGGGAGUCUUUGAAAGCCUGAGAUCCCAGUUUAUGAGCUACUCCAUCAAGCCUGUGAGUAACAUCAUUACCAGGGCAACAACAAAGAUGGCUGCCUCCAAUCAGGUUAGUUCAGAGACACUCCAGGCAGCAUCAGCAAAAUCAUCUGCUGUGGCUCAGAACCUUAUUAGUUUGGUUUUAUUUAAAGUUGCCACGGUGUCCUGCUCUGAUGACUUAGAGGGUCUGGGUGAUCAUCUCAGAUGCCCCUCAACUUUGACCAGAGGUCUGACACCUUUGACCUCGGAGAAAGCUACACUGACACCUGCUGUUCUGAAGAUCAGAAGGGAGAUGUCUAAGGAAGUGGCCACCGAACUCCAGUGUUUCUUGAUCAAGGAAUCCCUUACUGGCACCCAGACACCAUCCAAUGGACAUGUUUGCACUUCUGAAUCUGCCCCAAGGGAAGCUGUGCGGGACAUCCUGAGGAAAACCAAAGAGGAGGCUUUCAACAAAAGCCUGAAUAAAAUUUUCCCUGUUAAUUUGGAUGAGCGGCUCACAGACUCCAUUGCAGAUGCCUUAUAUCCGAAGCUGCAUGACAGACUGGAGUCCAAGAGAGAGCUGCAGGCUUCUUAUUACAGCUCCCAGAUCAUCUGUAGCCUCAGCCCCUUCAAAGUUGAGAGCAGCCUAGAGCUCCAGGAGUUCACUGACCCACUAUCUGAGUCAGUAUUGUGUCUCCUGGAUAGAACAUUUGGAGAUAAAGCUCAGAACUUAAAGACAGGCGGAGGUGUUUUACAAUAUGUCACAGACCCAACCUAUAAGAAGCAUUUGAUUGGACCCCACACCAACGACGUCAAUGUGGUUAUGCACACGAUUGCAGUGGAGGAGUUGCCUGUUGAGGGUUGUAUUGCGCAAAGUGAGGCCAUUCAUGGACUUCACAAGAAGCAAGAGUUACCUUCCAGCACCAGUGGCAGAGGGAAUGAGACCCUGAGCCCUACUAAUUGCCUACUGGAGGGUGUAGUGGGCAAACUGGUACGGAGGAUGCUAUUUCAGGGCCUUGACAUCCCUGAGGUACCCAUGAACUACAGCCGCUCUGAGAACUUUAAGCUACAGUAUGAACUGGUUGCAAAGCUUUGUCCUCUGAUGGUAAGGACAAUCAUGGCUACAACCAUAGACAAUCAACCACCUACUACUCAAGAAGCAGUGAUGUCUUCCGAGAACAUCCAUGUGAAAGAGCUGUGUGAGGCAGGUAUCAAACACCUCAAAGAGAACCAUGUACCCGAUGACUCUGAGACAAACAUCAUGGUCAGAGGGGCUUUGAGUGAAAUUGAAUCCUGUAUGAUUGAGACCUCCGACAAGGACUCUCCCAGUCUACAUUCCACACCAGAGGUGGUUGUAGACCUGAUCACCAAGCUGCUUCAUGGGUAUGAGCUUGACUCAGAGGACUUUGCAUCACCUGUGUCAUCCCCAACCACCACUCUCUCUGAUGUGGCAAUGGACAUGGUGGUUUCUGUCCUUCGGGACAUGUCCGAUUCCCCAGACGUUACAUCAGCAUUGGAAAUGACCAAGGAUCUCAAGACGCCGUACUCCCGCCCCUCAAGUGCAAGGAUUGUAAGUGCCCUCUGCAGAGAGCUGGAGGAGUGCAUGGGCUCUCCUGAUGCUCUGAGGCGAGCUUUGAGCCGCGGGGAGAUGACAACAGCCAUUGCGAGUGCAGUCACCAGGGAAGUCAACCGUCUGGGUUCAAUCGUACCCAAAGUCUCUGUCAGGCCGCUCUCCUCAGACAUCUGCCUUAGGACAGACCAGGACAAGGUCAUGGUUAAGAGCCGAUGUGGCUCGGCUGAGGUGAAGGCAUCCCAACCGGUGUAUAUUAUUGUUCAUGUAGAGGCGGUGAUGGAUAUCAUUGUCCGGCUGCGGUCUCUGAUUGUUCCUCGGACCCAGGAUAAACUGGCCAGCUGGACCCUAGUUGAGGAUGUGACCAACAAGCUGUCCAGUGCUCUGUGGGUGAGGGUGACUAACAGGUGGAGGGAAGCAAAUGUCUGCCUGAAGGCAACAGACAUCUUUCAGUUGGUGCUGUCUGUGCAUAGAAAGUUGAUGCAACGCUAUGGCACAGAGGAAGCCCUACAGAAGAUACUGUGCCACAAGGCACCCAAGCUGCACAAGGACAUUGUCUGUCUUGUCACGAACGGAAUUAUGGAUGCACCAUCCAAACUUCAAGACACCAAAAAUCUGGAAUCUACACUCAACUUGAAAGAAUUGACAGCCUUGUUUAAUGAAAUGACAACCCGUCAAUCUUUGAAUAAGAAAGCUAAGCAGAGCAGCAUCAAGAUUGAGAUUGAACAGCCAGAGUGGUCCACUGUGGAACAAGUGACAUCCGGUUCCACCAGCUUCAUUAGGGAGCUUAUUUUAGAAGAAGUCCUGAUGAAGCUUGUCAAGAAGAUAUGCCGUAUGCCAAAAAGGACCAACAAGCGUCAGCACAUCCAGAUCAGUGAUCUGGUGACUGAGCUGAUCCGAUUGUUCGACGAUGAGGUGGCCAAAUAUCUGAUUGAGGAAAUGGAAAGCCAGCAAAAAAGUUUCAAUUCUAAGAUGACAUCGAAGCUGGCAGAUGCCAUCUACACUGACCUUGGGAAGGUCAAGCGUUUGAAACGCUCCUUGAAAAUUGACGAUUUAUUUGAGGAUCAGGAGAUGCUUUCCGUUGUCUCUGUCAUUGUUUCCCACAAGCUACUGGCCAUCUUGAAACCCUCAGUUUCCAACCCAUAUGACCGUGAGACCUCAGACCUUGAAGACUCAUGCAGUAAUGAUUUGGAGGAUGCGGAAUCUGAGGGGGUGCAUUAUGCCACCGGCAGAAAGUCCAACGUGAGCAUCGUCCUUACAGACACUACAAACCAGCCAGAGAUGUACAUUGCUGUGGAUUCUCCACCUAUGAUUAAAUUAUCCAAGAUGAGGAAAGGCAUCCGGGACUUCUUCUGGGGAGUCCAGAAGGCCUGGAAACGCUUGGUCACCUGCAAGUCCUCUGGGUCCUCUGAUGGGUAGCCUGGAUGACGUGCAGCCCAUGUCAAUUGCUUUUGCCAGGCUACAUCUGAGGAGGACACCACAACUGGCCUCAAUACAACAUUUGUAUUUUAGUUCAUUGAAUUUUGAGUCCCUUAAUGCUGCUAUAUUUGAACCAGGCUGUCAGUGGACUAGCUUACCAUUAGUUUAUACUCCUUAAGGAAGAUCCACUAUAGGCUAGUCAACACCAAAAUUCCAUCUGGGUCUUUUGAUCCCUUAUUAGCUCCCACUCCUGUAACUAGGAAUGUGAGCUUCUAAAUGUCAUUCAGACAUCUACAGCUUCUCCUGUGACUAGGAAGAUAAGCUAAGAAGCCCAACCAAUUGACUAGAUGUGCUGUACAUCUGAUGCCCUCUCCCUAUUGUAAUCAUUGAUCCACAUCCAUUGCAGCCUCUAAAUUGGAUGUAGAUAUUUAGCCUAAAUUAAAAAAUGACAAGGAGGGAAGGCCAACAGCAGCUUCUACUCUUACGAUUAGGAAAGUGGUGCUAAACUUUUUGGGCUUUGAGGAACUAUGCAUUUUAUUUUUCAAUCACUUACAUACUUUUUAAUGGUUGUUUUAAUAAAGCAUUUGUAUUGCAGAUUUGGAUUCAUAUUUUAUCUUUCAUAAUUUUUCAUUUUAAUUUAGGUAUUCAUUUGAUGACAUGGGACUAAAGCGUAGUUUAUACCCUACAUACAUACACAAGAAAUAACUACAAGCAGCUACACAAAAAAACCUUUACACAAGAACGCAGGAUCAGCAUUUUGUGAAGCGUUCUUGUGUUGCACACGAAGGGUAUGACCUAGGCUUAGUCAUUUUAUGACUUCUAUAAGGGUAUAUAAUGGUAUCCAUAGUGCAGUAUUAAGAUAUUCAUUGUGGAGCUUUAUAUUAUAGUAGAAAUAAUGUAAAUGAAUAAAAGUGAAUUGAUGUAUGUCAA